UCUUGUUCGUAUAUCUAGCUAAGUCAUGGAUUCAAGACUUGUUUGGUUAUCUGGCUCAAUCUGUUUAUUAAACGUUGCUUUUGUAAAAUCAGAAUUUGACAAAUACGGACAUUUUAAAGUGCUGAAACAACACCCUGAUUUGAGACAAUGUGCAGCAAAAGAACUUCAACAGAAUGGUGUUGGUGGACGUAUAUCUGACCUGACAGGAGUGUGUGAAGUCUUGUCGCAUUCUUGGGGUAGGAACCCAACAGUAGAACCUGGAUAUGGAUAUGUGAAAAAUAUUUACGUACGGGAAACGUUUGAACCAGAGGUUGGCGUAGAAUAUAUGACCUGGAUAAUUCCUGGUGUGUUGAAUUCAGGAGCAAAACUAGAUGUACAUUUCAGAUGGCCAAAGUCCCAGUGGGCCUACUAUAGUUUCGUCUUAACCGAAGGAUUGACAGAGCAGUACUCGGACACCGAUGGCCAAGUGAUGUUUGGAACCGACAUUAAUGGCGAGGGAAGGCUUACCUACUUUGAAAAAAGAGAAAAUGGCGCUAGAAUACCGGAUACGAGUGAUACCGUGAAGGAAAUAGUUCCCUCCGCAGAGUGUAAGAUUACGUUUGUAGCCCGGAAAAGCUCCUUGCAGAUUCUAGUUAAUGACGAGGUAGUAAAGGAAAGGAGUUUGAAAGUCGUCCGUCUCAACCAUAUUAGACAGAUCAGUAUCAAGAAAUUCAAUAGCAAUUUGUUUGGGGACAGCAAUAAUCUUUUAUCACUUCGUCGUUUUGAGUUUACUGAAGCGUAAUUUGGACAUGUACGUCAACAGUGAUUAUUAUUUCAAAGAUAAUUGCAGGUUUCAAUUCUUUCAUGUCGUAUUUUUAGGUUAUGAAUCAAUUAUCAUGUUAUCUGAAAAAACUGGGUAGUUAUUUUGCAUUUAAGCAAGUGUCCUACUUGUUGAUCUACUUACUUUGUUUAACCAGAACACACAAUAGAAAGUAGUAAUCCUUACUAAGAACCUAAUACAUUUAAAAUGUCGUAUUACCAAAGAAGGUGGUACAUAUUUAAGGCCUUCAGUGAAAGUUUCAACAUUUUAAAAAUAUCCUUUGAAGGAAAAAAAGUAAACAAGCAAAGCAAUAGCAUACCCGGUUUGACUGAGUCUGCAAAAAGAGAGAAAAUUCAAUUUGAAACACCACUUACGUCCCAAACGGAAUUUUAUUAUAAUAGAAUUGAAUAUAUUACAUGCUCCCAAAGGACAAGACAGCAAAAGCAAACAUGAAUGCAAUACGGCGAGACUGUUAUCAGCCGCCACACGGCACUUUAGGAGUGUUUACUAUUAUAAUAGUUAGUAUAUCAAAAGAUCUUUUUGGGGCAACGAACGGAACCAAGCAACACACUCAAUGCAGACUCGGUUAAUUGACUCUUUUCAUUAAACAAACUUUAACUCUUUAAAUAUGAUACUUGCAAUAAGUCAUUAAUUAAAAUCUUGUAGAUUAGUGGCGAAUUUUCAAAAAUAAAUAUUGAUACAAUGGAGGAGAGGAAUAGUGGUUUAAAUUUAUGCUAUCAUUCAAAGACAGUUGUUUGUUUUGAGUAAAAAUAUGAAUUUAAAUCUGCAUUAAAUUAUGGACAGGCUUCAAACCUUUCAAGACAGGAGGGAAGUGAUUUUAAAUAUAUUAGAAAGGAGAGACAUUUUUCCUUUAUCAUUUAAAUAUUACAGUCAUUAUCUUUAAACGAACUUCAGUACAUGCAUAUUUUGGAAUCAAGGAAAUAGGCAGAAAUCCAUUUACAAAAAGCAUUGCAUUUUUAUUGGCUGAAUGCAGUAUUUGUUGUUUAUCGAUAAGGAAAGGUUAGUAAGUACCCUUACACAUAUUUCAGUUAAUAUAAGACCAAAAUAACAUCAUUUUCUUUAGUCUUUUAAUAAGUUUUCCAUAAUGACAUAGCGAUAAGUUAUAAAUUAAGACUUCUGAACAGAAUUCCAUUCCCAUUACGAAUAGUGAUUACUUUGUUAAUAUUAUCAUGCUUCUUGCUGUUGACUAUUUGCAUUGUAUACUUAACUGAUUUUAUGUUUGACAACAUAUCACUAGUUUUGAAUUAGAUCCAUUGUAUUUUGGUUUUGUAUAGUCUCAGUUGCAUAGAUGUGAUAGAAAGAAGGCAGUGGCAACUUUUGACAAAUGAAAAUCUGAGAAUGUAUGUAAAAAAGCAUAAAAGACUGAAUCAGGAAAAAUCUAAUUCAUCUGUUUAGUAAUUCUAAUUAAAGUCCUGCUCCCUUCCUACCUUUUAACCUUAAAUUGUCACUGAAAAAGCAUGAAAAUCCUGACUAUGAACAGUGACGCCUGUCAAAAUACAGUCUAUUUUAUAUAAAAUUCUAUAUGAAAUACCUGUGGUUUUGCAUGCUAAAGUGUGGCACAUGGCCGUCAACUGUUACCUAUUGUAUUCAUGGGUUGCAUACACACAAAACGAAUUUGAAUAGCAGCGGAGCAGGGCUUUAAAGUAAAAGGAAAUCGUUAUAUGAGAGAUCGGUAAUAAAUAGAUAGAUUACAUUACUCGUCAAUUUUCAAUUGUACCAGGUCCUCCAGACUAAUUUUCAUAUUCAGCAAUAAUUGAGGAAAAUUUAGAACAAAGUAGAUCUUUUAAUAAGGUUAUUCCUGCACUUGAAGUGAUGACAUAGGAAGAUCAGAUUAACAUGAUAUCUUAAUCUGAUGAAGGCAUGUUAAUAUUUGUAUCUUAUAUUGCCUGGAAAAGGAAGAUAGUGCUGCAUGAAAACAAUACUUAUGCAAAUGUUUUUUAUCCUAUUUGCUUAACUUUAUAGUCAUCUUCAAAUUUCAUGUUUCCUGUAUCAUUCUUUUUGUUCCAAGUUAAAAACACAAAUUACUCUAUCAAUAUGUUAAUUGCACUCGUUUAUUAAUAUUUGUUGUAUAUUUUCUAAUUAUACUUCAGUUUGUUAUAUAAGUAUAUUUCUAUAAAUUCUGCAAUAGGUGUCAAAUAUAAUCCUGCAAUAAAUGUUGUAAAUGAGCAAAUGUGAAGUCAAAAUACAUUUGGUAAAAUUAAACCAAGAAAACUCUGAAUACGUGUGGACAUGACAAAAACUAAGCAUACAAGUAAUAUAUAUUAUGCUAUAAAUCUUUUAGUUUUUUCCUAACAUGACAUAGAUAAAUAAAAUUAAAAAGAAAGGCGAACAUUCGAAACGCAUGCCAUUUAAGCAAAAGCAAACAGUUUAUCGUUCUUAAUUUUGCCUUUUCAGAAACGUUUAAGAAAGUUUUAUAAUUAAAAUAUUUAUGUCUCUAUACUUCACAUUUUUUUAUUUCGUCAUCUACAAGUUUUGUUUUUUUAACAUUGUAUAUGAAAUUCAUUUAGCAACGAAUCGGUAAAGUACGUGUAAAAAUUUGCAAUGGAAUUUAUAAAAAAUUGUUCUCUAGUUCGUCAAUAUUUUAUAACUGGUUCAUCUUCGUUAUUGUUUUUUUUAUCAACGCCAUAGUUUCAUGUUUUUCUACAAAUGGCCAUUUUUUAAACUUCUCAUUACUUAUCACGUUAAUUCCAGUUGUUUGCUCCAGUUUGAAGAGAGACACAUACAUUUGUUUCUUUAAGUUAUAUAAAAAAGUAUUUCACAUUUCACUUCUACGUGUGGUAUUUUAUUCAGAAAUAUGAGGGAAACUGAAAUACUAGAGGUAAAUAUCGUAAUGUUACGUAUCAAUUAGCAAAAGAAGCACCCAUUAUACUGUGCAUCAUCUUUGAGAUUUCAGAUGUAUACGUAGUUUGUUCAAUGAAAGAGAUACAAUUUAUUUACAAUUAUACCAUCUGAUUCAAUAAAACAAAGUGUCACUACUAAAUAGAAAGAAUUUAAACAAAAUAUUACAGUAAUUUCUGCAUUACAUUUGUAAACUUGAGAAAAUUUAUGAUCAAUCGUUUAAUCCAAUUUUGAGCGACAAACUCUAUCAAUUAAGGGAUAUUUCAAACGAAAUGAUAUGAAGCAUUGAAAGCGACCAAUACAAAUCCAUUUCCUGUUUUGUAUUUUUUUCAAGGACUCAGAGUUUUGUUUAUGUCUGGCUUAGCUAAAAUUUAAUAUGAUAGCGUUUCUGUUGCGUUUGAUCUACGUUUUAAAAUUUUCAGACACUUGAGAAGAUGAAAGGUAAACAGCACAUGUGCAAAUACUUUGAAGACGUUUAAAAGUAAAAUAAGAGGUCAAUAUAUUUCUACAGGUUGAAAAAAGAGAGCUUUUAUAUAUCAAUAUUCUAUCACUGGUUCAUUUUCGUUAUUGGUUUGUUCUUUCUAAUAACGCCGUAGUUUCAUGUUUUUGUACAAACGGUCAUUGUUUCACUACUCAUUCAUUACUUUGUUUACAUCUUAAUUUUACUUGUUGUUUGCUAUAUGUUGUUUGUUCUAAUACUUGAUUUUCAGUUUGAAGGAUGGCACAACUUUUUAAGCUCCUUCCGAAAAAUCUAUUUAAUUAAUACUUGUGAUAUUUUAUUCAGAAAUUUGAAGGCAACUGAAAUACUAGCGGUGAAUAUCGUAAUGUCACAAAUUUGGAAUAAAAACAAAACUUGUAAAUCGUCCACUACAAGAGAAACAAUAUUAUGUACAAAUGAGAAAUGUUAAAAUCAUAAGUAAUAUUUUUCUACAAUAACUAUAAAAUAAUCUUUUUCCUGUAUGGCAUAUGUUCAAGUAGCGGGAACCAUAACAAAUACAAGUGUUUGGUAUUCUAAUCACAAAUAUAGCUCUUGUCUUCAUUUUGCUUUCAAAUGCUUAAUUAUAGUAACGUGUAUAUCGUAAGUAUUAGUAAUUAUCUAACUUUUCAUCACUUGACGUUUUAGGCCAUCUAUUUUUUCACGUUUCAACACAAACAUCGCAUGCUUUCUGUAGAAAAUUAACCAAUACAUUUUAGUUUAUAUUACACUGUUUAAUGCCAUUUCUUUCUUUACUAUGGUAAUCUCUAUACUAAUUACCUCUAAAUAUAAAGUGAAAGAUAAGCAUUUUUCAAAGACUUAGGUAUUUGCUUUUUUUAUUUUAUUUAUCUUACCCAGUAUAUGAAACGGAACAUUGUCAAAAAAAAAUCGUAUGAACUCAAGAACAUUUUUCUUUUCUGCCAAGUUUGUGUCAUGAAUUCUAUUAUUCUUUUAUUGUAAUCAACAUGGAAAAUUAACAUCAAAGCGUUAUAUCAUAUACUAUAAGAAAUUUCUAAACAUAACACAUAUAAACCAAUAUUAGUAUGAUCAAAUGAAUUAUGCGCAGUUUAUUCGACAACAAAAUGUAUUGUCGUUGGUACAAUGUUGACUCUCAGAGCAAGAUGCAAAAAAAAAAAAAAAGAAAAA